AUGGCGUCUUCUCCGGAGGCGGCGUGUCUGCCGAAUGUGGCCCUGAUCCUGGAUGAAACAGAAGGCUCACCAAUCAAUCUCUCCAGGUUGCCCACAGCCAGAGAAAGCAGCUGCACCACAUCUAGAGACUCUUCAGGCCAUGUCUACACGUCGCAGGCCGACAUAAUCUCCACGGUUGAAUUCAACUAUUCCGGAGAGCUGCUGGCUACAGGAGACAAGGGUGGCAGAGUAGUGAUAUUUCAACACGAGCAGGAGUCUAAAAAUCGCCCACACCUGCGUGGCGAGUACAACGUUUAUAGCACUUUUCAGAGUCACGAGCCUGAAUUUGACUACUUGAAAAGUUUAGAAAUUGAAGAGAAAAUCAAUAAAAUUAGAUGGUUACCACAACAGAACGCUGCUCACUUUCUACUAUCGACAAACGAUAAAACUAUCAAAUUGUGGAAAAUAAGUGAACGGGACAAACGGGCAGAAGGCUACAACUUGAAAUAUGAAGACGGCCGACUCAUAGACCCAUUUAGAAUCACCUCUUUACGGGUACCGGUGCUAAUGCCAAUGGAUCUCAUGGUAGAAGCCAGCCCGAGGAGGAUUUUUGCAAAUGCACACACCUAUCACAUUAAUUCCAUUUCUGUAAAUAGUGACCAUGAAACGUACCUCUCUGCAGAUGACCUAAGAAUAAAUUUAUGGCACUUGGAAAUAACAGACAGAAGUUUUAAUAUUGUAGACAUUAAGCCCGCCAAUAUGGAGGAACUGACGGAGGUCAUCACGGCGGCAGAAUGCCAUCCCCACCAAUGCAAUGUAUUUGUGUACAGCAGUAGCAAAGGCACCAUCCGCCUCUGUGACAUGCGAGCGGCGGCGCUCUGCGACCGGCAUUCAAAGUUCUUCGAGGAGCCCGAGGAUCCGAGCAGCCGCUCCUUCUUCUCCGAGAUCAUCUCAUCCAUCUCAGAUGUGAAGUUCAGUCACAGCGGGCGCUACAUGAUGACACGUGACUACCUCUCUGUCAAAGUUUGGGACCUCAACAUGGAGAACCGGCCAGUAGAGACGUAUCAGGUCCAUGAAUACCUUCGCAGCAAACUGUGCUCACUGUAUGAAAACGACUGCAUCUUUGACAAGUUUGAGUGCUGCUGGAAUGGCAGCGACAGUGCCAUCAUGACAGGCUCCUACAACAACUUCUUCCGAAUGUUCGACCGCAACACCCGGCGGGACAUCACGCUGGAGGCGUCGCGGGAGAGCAGCAAGCCGCGGGCCACGCUGAAGCCACGCAAGGUGUCGACGGGCGGCAAGCGGAAGAAGGACGAGAUCAGCGUGGACAGCCUGGACUUCAACAAGAAGAUCCUGCACACGGCCUGGCAUCCCAAAGAGAACGUGAUCGCUGUGGCCGCCACCAACAACUUGUACAUUUUCCAGGACAAGAUCAACUAG